GAAAGCGAGUCGGUGCUGCUUGGUCGUUCUGUGUGUAUGUGUUGUAUGUAGGGUGCGGCUCCAUAGUGCGACAAUAUAACUCCUAAUGGCACCUUGCUGACCCUUUGUGACACACUGGGAGUCCAGGAGGGGCUAGGGGUGUGUACUUGCAGUCUGAGACCCACUGCAGGGGGACAUACAUCCACAUUACCUCCCUUUAAAGAUCUCAACCUUCUGCCUUUUUUGUACACCCCCUAGACUUUGGAUCCCCUCCCCCAAUAUUUUAACCCCUUUUUAAUUAACUUUAUUUUUUGCACAUCUACAUAUUUUUUAAUCACAUUUUUAUUGCUCUUUCUACAAUUGGAACGCAUUGGACAAGAGGGAAAAACUUCAGUUAUUUUCUUUUUGUUUGGAUUUUUCCACCUUUCAUUUUUUUUUGUUCUUUAUCAAUCCUCUGGAAAUGUGUCUGGUCUAUUCUGUUACAAAAUAAAAGCAAGAAUGUGGAGAGAAUAAAGUCUUGGUGUCAAAAAAUGAAAGUGAAAAUUAUAAAUUGGAUUUAAAAGAGAAAAAAAGGAAGUGGAACAGUUCUCAAAGUCUAAAGCAGUAGUCUUGAAACAACUCAACUGACUCAAGAAUGUUGGCUUUGCAAGCUCAGGGAAGAAACAGCAGGGAGCAUAAUACAACAGAGAGUGCCUGAAAAUGACUUCAAAAAGGAACCUGUUUGGGCGGCUGGUGCCGUGCCGUUGUCUGCGGGGAGAAGAAGAAACUGUGACCUCACUUGACUAUUCACACUGCAGCCUGGAACAGGUGCCUAAAGAGAUUUUCACAUUUGAGAAGACCUUGGAGGAACUGUAUUUGGAUGCCAACCAGAUUGAAGAGCUUCCUAAGCAACUAUUCAACUGCCAGUCUCUGCACAAGCUGAGUUUGCCGGACAAUGACCUAACAAUAUUGCCAGCAUCUAUAGCAAAUCUCAUUAAUCUCAGGGAACUAGAUGUCAGCAAGAAUGGUAUCCAAGAAUUUCCAGAAAACAUAAAGAAUUGCAAAGUUUUGACAAUUGUGGAAGCAAGUGUAAACCCAAUUUCAAAACUUCCAGAUGGAUUUUCGCAACUUUUGAACUUAACUCAGUUAUACCUAAAUGAUGCUUUUCUUGACUUCUUGCCCGCAAAUUUUGGAAGGCUAAUAAAACUCCAAAUCUUGGAACUUCGGGAGAACCAGUUAAAAAUGUUACCAAAAACUAUGAAUAGACUUACUCAGCUUGAGAGGUUGGACCUGGGAAGUAAUGAAUUCACAGAAGUGCCUGAAGUACUUGAACAACUAACCGGCCUCAAGGAAUUCUGGAUGGACGGGAAUAGAUUAACCUACAUACCAGGGUUCAUUGGAGGUUUGAAACAGUUGACAUACCUGGAUUUUUCAAAAAACAAUAUAGAAAUGGUGGAAGAUGGAAUUUCUGGAUGUGAAAAUAUGCAGGAUUUGUUACUGUCUAGUAACGCAGUGCAGCAGCUGCCUGAGUCUAUUGGUGCACUGAAAAAAUUAACAACACUUAAAGUGGAUGAAAACCAGUUAAUGUAUCUACCAGAAUCCAUUGGAGGACUGACUGCAAUAGAGGAGCUGGAUUGCAGUUUCAAUGAGGUUGAAGCAUUACCGUCAUCUAUUGGGCAAUUUUCUCAGAUACGAACCUUUGCUGCAGAUCACAACUUUUUAACACAGCUGCCUCCUGAGAUUGGGAAUUGGAAAAAUGCCACAGUGUUGUUCCUUCAUUCUAACAAGCUGGAAUUUCUUCCAGAAGAGAUGGGUGAUAUGCAGAGACUUAAAGUCGUUAAUCUAAGUGACAACAGAUUGAAGAAUUUGCCCUUUAGCUUUACAAGGCUGCAGCAACUCACUGCUAUGUGGCUGUCAGAUAAUCAGUCCAAGCCACUUAUACCACUCCAAAAGGAAACCGAUAAGGACACGCAGAAAACUGUCCUCACAAACUAUAUGUUCCCACAACAACCACGAACUGAGGAUGUAAUCUUCUCCUCAGAUAAUGAGAGUUUUAACCCCUCUUUAUGGGAAGAGCAAAGAAAGCAGCGUGCUCAAGUUGCCUUUGAGUGCGAUGAGGACAAAGAUGAGCGUGAAGUUCCUGCACGGGAGGGUAAUCUGAAGAGGUAUCCGACUCCAUACCCUGAUGAGCUGAAAAACAUGGUGAAAACUGUUCAAACUAUUGUGCACCGGCUGAAAGAUGAAGAAAAGGCUGAGGAGGCCAACAGAGAGAUGAAACAAAAUGAGCUGCAGCAGAUAACAAUAAAAGAUGUUGGUGUAAAGACUUCAGAGAUCGUGCUUCUAAAAACCGAUGCAGAAGAGGGGAAGCACUUGACAGGAAAUUGUGUACAGAAGCCCAGCGAACCAGAAAUUGAGAACAGCAUUGGAAAUUCACAGGAGACAACGCUUGUAAAAAACUUUUGGAACACAAAAGCAGUUGUCAAACAUGAGGACAUGCUUGAGCAGGGGUCAGAAGAUUUGUCUUACGAUGAGGAAAUGAAGAUGGCUGAGAUGAGGCCUCCCCUUAUCGAGACCUCCAUAAAUCAACCAAAAGUAGUAGCACUUAGCAAUAAUAAAAAAGAUGAUCUUAAAGAUUCCGAUUCUUUGUCAGAUGAAGUGACCCACAACAGUAAUCAGAACAAUAGCAACUGUUCCUCACCUUCUCGGAUGUCAGACUCUGUUUCACUGAACACUGAGAGCAGCCGUGAGAACUCCUUAUGCUCUCCAGAAAGAGAGACCAACGAUGGCAUGAAUAUAAAAAUCAGACAAGAAGAUGAAAAUUCAAACAACCUUUUGCAAAAUGGUGACAAAUUAAGCACAGCUGAGGAAAGUGAGAUCACUAAACUAUCAGAUUUAAAAAUUGAGGAAGGACUCAUUCUAAGGGAUUUAAGAGGAAAUAAUUCAAUGGAAAAGUCACAUAACUUAAAUCAAAUAAACAAAAAUGUUAAUAAUUUAAAAUGUGAUGAGAGAUUGCAGUCAAAUGCUCUGGAAAGUGCAAUAGCCUAUUCCUGGGAGGUGGCGCCAGUAAAAGGUUUUUCAUAUAAUAAUGAGAAAGAUGAUGUGGAAAACUUUGAGAACAGGAAUAAGUACCCUGAUAUAUGUGCUAUGAAUAAAGUAAAUGGACAUCCACAGGAUCAUCAAAUGUCUCCAGACAGGAGCGAAUCGGUCAUCUGUACUUCAGAGGAUUCAGUGCCUUCAUAUGAUCUGUGUGUGUCGAAGAGCACGGAUGACCUCUCUCCACAGCCUGGAGAUAUGGUGAGUUCUGUUACAAAGUCUCAGAGUAUCACCAACAUUGAGACUGGAGGAUUGAGGAUCUAUGAUAUUCUCAGUGACAAUAGUGCUCAACAACCAUCAUUUGUUGGGAAAAACUCAAUGAAUAGUGCAGAAGGACAAAAUAUUGUCAGGAGCAAGUCCGCUACUCUGCUUUAUGAUCAGCCCUUACAAGUCUUCACUGGAUCAUCUUCAUCUUCUGAUUUAGUGUCCUCUACAAAGAAAACGGUCUUUAAAUUUGAUACCAACCAUAAUCCUGACGGAGCAUACACAUUAAGAGGUCCUCCAGGGUCUCAGAUGAGCGCCAUGCCUCAGUAUAACGUUCAGUACAGUAGCAGUGCUCCACCUAAAGACAAUUUAUGGUCACAGAAACAAAGUAUCUCUUUGGAACAAAGUAGUUUGCCGCCGCCGCCGCCAACUCACUUGCAUACGUAUGACAGUGUUGAUAGCCCCAGCUUUAUUAAACACUCUGCCAAUAUGAAUUUUUCCAAUCAUAAUAAUGUGAGGUCAACAAACAUGUACAACAUGCAUCAGCGAAUGGGACCAAGGCAUGUAGAAAUGUGGGCAAUGCCACCAAAUGACAGAACCCUGCAAGCAGCAAGCCGUAAUACCCUUCAGAGACAAAGCAGUGUUUCUUCAAAUGCUUCUGCAUCUCUGGGGGAUAAUGGAUCUGCAAGAAGAGUACUUGUACCUGAAGGAGAUUACAUGACAUACAGAGAUUUACAUACAAUGGGCAGAACUGCUCACAUGAUGCCAGGUCCUCAGAGACCAAUGUCUGCCAGGACAUACAGCAUCGACGGGCCCAAUGUUCCUAGGCCGCAGAGUGCAAGGCCAUCUGUUAGUGAUAUUCCCGAGAGAACAAUGUCAGUCAGUGAUUUUAAUUACUCACGGACUAGCCCCUCCAAAAAUCCAAAUGCAAGGGUAAAUUCUGAGCACUCAUUAUUGGACACUCAAGGUAGAAGUAAAGUCCCUCAUGAUUGGAGGGAGCAGGUUUUACGACACAUUGAGGCAAAAAAGCUAGAAAAGAGCAUGCUGUCUAGGUCCUUUAAUUCCACUUACAGUGCAGCUAGCAGUUCUCUGUAUGGCAGCUCUAGAGAUCUGCAUGGCAGCCAGGGCAGUGUUGCCUUGAGUGUUGCAGACAGAAGACCUUCUGGUGUACACAUGCUUCGUCAUCCGCAGGCUGGCAGCACAGGUGAACCAGCACAAGAUGAAGUAUUUGCAUCUGGGCAGCAGAACUACCCCACCUUGGUACGCAAGGACAGCUCUACCGAUAGCAUAAAAAAGAUGCAUAUGAGCAAUGGGCAGGUGUGCCCUCCAUCAAGGCCUCAGGCCAACUAUAGCACGCUCCAUCAUCACCCUGGGCAACCAUCUGUGGUAAGACAUCCCUCCAGGGAGCAGCUCAUCGACUAUCUUGUGCAUAAGGUUUCCCAACAACCUCCAUAUUCUCAAACACAGUUUAUUCCAAUUCAAGGCAGUGAGCUUUCACAGCAAGAGAUCCGUGUACGACUUGUGAAAGACCCUGAGCUUGGAUUUAGUAUAUCAGGAGGUGUUGGUGGAAGAGGAAAUCCAUUCAGGCCUGGUGAUGAUGGUAUAUUUGUAACAAGGGUGCAAUCUGAAGGAGCAGCAUCCAAACUGUUGCAGCCUGGUGAUAAGAUAUUACAGGCGAAUGGUUACAGCUUCAUCAAUAUUGAUCAUGGGCAAGCUGUCUCGUUGCUCAAGAAAUUUCAGAAUUCAGUUGAGCUGAUUGUUUUACGAGACAAUUCUGUGUAGAAGAGAAAAUCAUGGACUCCGAGGAAAAACAUGAAAGCCAGCACGUUGUCAAAAGACUAAAUAGUAUAAAAAAUAUUUUUUUAUAUAUAUACAUACAUAUAUAUAAAAGUAAAAUCAACUUGAAAAAUACACAUACUUUUUUUGAAAAAACUGUGUACAGAAAUGAAUUGUCAAAUUUGUGGUUUAAGGGAAUAAACCACUGCAGUGACAACAGGAAACUGUAUGGUUCAAACACCUUCCUGUUAGGGUGUGGAAUGUUCGAUCUGUCUUGCCUACAAGAACAAGCCUGUGUUGUUUUUGUACAGAAUGUAGGUCUAUUUUUGGAUAACUCAUGUGUUGCUAAACUCUGUGUAAGAUAAUAUUGAGCCUCAACUGUAGCAAACAGGCAGAUGGCAGAGCUAUCUUUCCUGACGCUAUUUUCGCCUUUCUUUCUAUUCACAACAUGGUAUCGCUGUUUAAAUUCAAAACAACUUCUGUAGAUUUGGACAGAAAGUACAAAUUGUUGGCUUUGCUACCUGUAUGUAGACGAAUGAGUAAGCAAGUAGUGUGUCACGUUGACCAGAUAAUGCAAUCUUCUCUCCCAUCUAGAGCACUUGAAAAUGCGGGGGAUUAGAGCUGUUCCUUUGGUUAAAACUAGCAAUGAGUGAGUGUUUUUUUUUUAACCCAAGUGCAGUUUUGUAAUCCACAUGAAUUUUUAUUCUUUCUUCACCAUUUUUUAUAUGCUUGAAGUACAUUUUUAGGCGCUCACUUUUUUAAUUCUAUAGAGUUUUUUGUUUUUGUUUUUUUUUUUUAAUGGAAAGAGUGUUUACACCUCAUUUUGAAUUUAUUAUUUUUCUUAAACGUGUCAUUUGAAGCCUUUUGUGUAUAAAUUUGCUGAAGACUUCUUUGGCAGUGAUGGAAUAAUACAGUUUUACUUCUGAUUACAUUUCUCUUGCACUUGGUCUUUGUCCAUUUCCAUGUAAUGCACAUGCAAACAUUUAGCUGUAUAAACUGAAGCUUUUUCUAGAUGAACCUUGUUGAUUUUGUGGUGCAUUAUUACAUAGUAAUAAACAGCAAGGCCUUACUCCAGAUUUAGAAGGAACUAGAUUAUGUUGAAAGAGGAGUACCACAGCUUUAAUUAACAUUGCAAUCCAGUUUACACCUUUUUCGUUUUUAUCAUUUUGAAAUAGCUUCAUUAUUACGAGGUGUCUCAAAACAACAGGUACUGGCAUUAUGUGUCACACUGGACAGCAUAACCUCUUGUACUGCAUUGCCUUGUAAAAUUUCUAAAGAAAUGCUGAGUUUGGAGCUAGGUAACCAAAGCAAGCCUGGGAAAAAGUGCUGAGCGACAAAGCAUCGUUGAUGAGAGUUUCAGAUUCGGGUUCCGUGUAGUUGUGAGUUUGUAGUGACAAUUGUAAAAGGGCUCUUCUACAGAAAAUACUGAAAUGUGAACAAGACAUGCUGGAGUCAUUAAAGGGUUUCUAACAUUAAUGAUUUAGUGAUUUACCACAAGCUGCCUUUGAUCUUUAUUUCUAUAAAUAUAUUUUUGUUAAAAAAAUUUUUUUCCAAUAUUAGCAUUUUUUUUUUUUGCUUGUAUGAAUGAGUAAGGAUCACAGUGCUCAUUAAUUCAUGGUUGUUAAAGACCAAGGACAAGUGCCAUAGAAGACCAAUAACUGUUUUUUAUUUAGGGCUAAUGGUCUUUUUUAUCAGAGCAAUAUUAUAGUACGUCUCAUUUGUAUUAGAUAUGUCAAAUGUGAGUCAAUGACAUACUGUUGGGGUUUCUGUCCAGCCCCAACGUAAAGAGAAAAUUGUAUAAUUUAUUUUAAUAUACAGAGGUAAUAUUUCUAGUCUUCUACCAGCACUGAGUACCAGAUAUAACAUAAAACAGAGGAAGAGAAAUCCAUUAUUUUCCUCAUAACACAGAAAACAGUUGCAGCUGUUAAGUUGCACUUAAACAUUUAUCUGUUCUCAAGCGUAUUGCAUAGUUUUAACAUUUUAGCUGAAACCCUUUAACAACUCUCUGUAUAUUUUAUCCAAUGUUGGUUAUGUUUUAGAAAUAUUUACAUAGGAAUCAAAUAUUCUGGAAUAUAUUCACAGAAAUGUGUUGAAUUUUCACAUGCUGUGUAUAUGCUAAAUGUUAUUGUUGAAUGCAGGACAAUUGACUGCAUUUAAUGUCUUUCAUUUUCAGUUAAAAGGGGAAAGUCUUUUUAAACACUGUGGUAAUAUUGCCUAUGAAGAUUUAUUUCAUCAUCCGCUGUGAGGAAGUUGUUAGGAAAUGCAUUUUUACGUAAUAUGCAUAUUAUUGCUUUUAAUUUUCUUUGUCUUGUGCAAGUUCACAAUAUCCAUGUAUUUUUCUGAUAAUUUAAUUAACUCAAACAAUUGAGGCUCAGUGAUGAAUUAGUAACAAUUAAAUGUCAAAUGUAAAUUAAAUAAUCUCAGUGCGAAACGUCUACCAUAGAACUGGUUACCAACAACUAAUACCUAACCGUUAUUACACCUAUAUACAGUACAUCAUAUGUUAUGUUGUUUCUUAAUGUACUCAUAAUUGAUCGCCCUAUUGGAACACGGUUUACAGCACAUUGUUGUCAAUCAAAUUUCUUACCAAAGUUGGUUAUUGGUAAGUCCUCAGAAUUAAAUGUUACAAAUUUAACUUUUGAGUUCCAACAUUAUCCCUUGUGACUUGCUUUAGUCCUUUUUUUUUUUUUAGCUUUCAUUUAAACGGUCAUAUUUGAGACUUGCACUCUGAUUAUGUUAAUAGGCUUUUCACAUUUUUAAAAGGUAGAUCAUUUUCCAAGUACUGGAAGGAUAUGUGCACCUUAGAAAAAUAAUGCAACGAUUUCAAGAAGAAAUACUUUUUGAUUUGCUAAGGUUUAUAAAUGUUAUUAAUUGCUCCCGGUGUUACAUUUUUAAUAAUCUCCUCUUCAGAGGGGUAAAAGAUAUAUUAAAGUUAUGCACAGUGUGGUGUGUAUGUGUGUAGUUUUUUUUAAAAAAAUGCAACUUUGCAUACUGUGGUAUCCAGGUUAUUGGCCUGCUUUGUAUAAACCCAAACUAUGCAGAGAUGCUGUCAUUAUGAUUAUGCAUCAAAAUUAUCCAGCAUAAUAACCCACUGAUUCUCAAUAAGAGGAAAUAUUAAAUUUGAAAGUGAAUGACUUAUUUGACUGUUUUAAUAAAGUUGACAUUAAUUCCCCACCUAUUUAUUAUGUAAAUAGUCUAUGCUGGAGUUUCAAAGAAUUCUGUAUAUACUUUAAAGCCUACUACAGACUUUCAGAACAUAGCAAUAAGCAAUGAAGUAAACAACCCAGCUUUCAUGGUUAAGUAUGCUGUGCUUUUAUUUUCCUUGAAUUAUUUUCUUGUCAUCAGCUGUGCAAUGUUUUAUUGAUCAGCAUUUAUUCAACAUUCCAAAAUUUUUGUAAAUAAGUAAAUGGUUUCUCAAGUAACACGUGAAAAUUAGAAAAUAAACUAAUGCUCUUUCAGAA